GACCCGCGGCGGGGAGUGUGUCCCGGUCCCGGGCCGCCGCGGGCUGGCCUGGCCCGGCCGUGGGCCGCCAGUGUGUCGCCUCGUCUGGCAUCGCUUGUCGUGGUCGCGGACGCCACCUCUACGCUCGCAGGCCGCGCGCGGCUCCGAGAGCGGUGGUCGUUACUUGGCGUGUCGUUUGUGUUCGCCGGGCAGCGCGGCCAACCGUGCCCACCACCCCUGUGCCCCGACCGGCGCGCCCGGGGAUGUGAUCGUCGUGCCGGCCGGCGUCGUUCCUUUGUUCCUUCGCCCGACAUGGCGGCAGCGAGGUCACCGUCGAAGUCUGGAUAGUCUUCCCGAUCCCACCAGAGGCGGGCCCGCGGACACCAUGGAGUGCACCCCCUGCCCCAGCUGCAGGCUCGCGGUCUCCAGCAGCACGGGCAGGCUCAGGUGGUGCGUGGCGGAGAAGGGCGGGCAGCGCCGCGUGCGGUGGGUGCUCACGGCCUCCGUUCUGCUGCUCGCGCUGGCCACAGUGGCCGCCGUGCUGGUCCUCAGGCUGGCGAGGGUGUGCGUCGAGAACGACGCCUCGGACGUCGAGGCCGAUCCGGGUGUCACGUCGACGUCGGCUAACCGGAACAGAGCCCUGGACCGCUUCGAAACGGAGGGCGAGGAGGCGCGGGAGCGCGGCCCGCUGACGGAUUAUGAACUGGGAGCAUUAAAGACUCCCUUGAAAACACAUUGGCAAACUUGA